GCUGCACAAGAUACAUGUCAAGUGGCUGAAGAAGGCAACGAAUACAAUUUUCUUUUUAAAUACCAACUUCAAAGCGAAUAUGUUGAUACUAAGAUCAUGGUUCAUAACAAGGACACACCAAUUGCCAAAUGUGAUCUACCAAACCCUUGCAUAUCCUAUUAUUCAAACAUAAAAACGUAUGUCACUAUCAAUGCCACGGGUCAAGAGCUGGCUGUUAUUUUACAAUUUGAUCAAAUGUCAAGAAAUUAUGGUGGAAACUGGAAUAUCGGCUACAAUAAUGUAGAAUCUGAAGCAACAUUGUCUGUUUUUAGUAUGUACAUUUUAUUUUUUUUAUAAUAUUCAAAUUAAGAAUUUUUAUUUACACACUGUAGUUUACCUGAAUGAUAGUAAUAAUCCAUAUUUUUAACAUUUCAUUUUUUUUUUAAAUAUCAGUAGGUUUUUAUAGUAGAUGAGCAAUUAAAGCAAACAAGUUAUGUUAUAUAUUGAUUGUAAAUAUAAAUUCAAUUCCAUUCACUUUUGCUUUUUGUUAGAAAGAGCUACCGCUGAAUGUCACCACUCAAGUUAUGAAGAAAAAUUGCACAUCGUUUGUUCUUCCAAAAAAUGUUACCCUGAAGCAACAUGUGAAAGUACUUUGGUUUUUCAAAAUGUAAGAUUUAUUAACUAAACCCCCCAAAAAAAUUGAUAAAUUAUCUAACAAAGUCACGUGCGGUAUACAUUAUAUAACGAAAUCACUCUUGUAAAUCAAUAAACUUGUUUAAUUUUAGUCCAAAUAUCUAUUUUAAAAUGUGCCUUCGUUUGGGUAAUACGCAGUUAUACAUAUUAAGGGGCAUUUCUGAGAGGUUUAGGAAUGUGUUUUGUGUUCUUUGUUGAUAAAUAGGCCUACAUGUUAAAAUAGAUGGAUGGAUGUUUUUUCGAGUUUUGUAUAAUCUUUCACAAGUAAUUUUUAUUUAAAACAUGAUUUGUUAUCUCAGAUGGUUCAAUUAAAAUAUAUAUACCCAAAUAGGGCCACACACAUAUUUCUAAACAUAUUUUAAAAAUAUGUUUGUAUUUUAUCAUAUUACAAAGUAAAAGCAAUCGAAUCAUACUUCGAUAACUAAGCAAGAAAUUGAAAAAAAAAAUAUCUGCAUUUAGAUAAUGUAUUGUUAUGACAUAUUCUAAAACGUUUCAUUAUCAUACAAACAAUUUAACGUAUGGUGCAAUGCAGCCAUAACUAGAAACGUUAUGAACGCAAAAGUGAACACGUGAAGAACCUCAAACGCUUUGUUAGGUGGCAUACCUACGAAACUGAGAAGCUAGCUAAUCAUGUUGAGCCUUGUUUAUGUGAUACAUAUUUUUUUCAAAAUAAAGAUUUGAGAUCCAAAUUAUGCGUUGGUUUGCUCGUUAACACGUAUUAAUUUCUACGAAGACGUUUAGCUAAAAUCUGAAGUAUUCAAUUUAUGAAAUCAGUUGUAAUUUGUGAUAUAUAGCUUAGAAAGCCCUCAAAAAAUAUUAAUAGCUAUUUUUAGGUUAGUGUGGGUGUAAAGGCCACGACACAGCAUGCCUUCCUUUAGUUACAAAUUAUUCUAAAUUUAACUAUUGUUAUAGCUAUUUUCGACCAUUACUUUUGGUGGUUAAAGAUACUUUACAAUUCCAUUAGUGCGUAUGCCAUAAAUGUUACAUAUUUAAAGAAAAACUUCAAAUGAAUAAAAACAAAACAAAAUAUAUGGAAAUUAUCUCAAUGUUGAUUCUAUUUUUGUUAGUUUCUUUGUGUAAUUAUUAUGAAAAAUCUUUGAUUCUGACAAUGUCUCUUUUUAUUUACAAAUAUUUUUUUCUUCAUUUCACAUUAUCAUUAGCUUUUGAUACUGAGUAGCCAAAACGUGUGUGUGUGUGUAUGAUGUCUAAGUCAUGUCAUAUAAUUCAAAAAUAUGCAAACUAACAUUCAUUUAAUAUGUUAUGACAUGGGCUUAACGGGUAGCGGCGGGGGGGGGGGGGGGUAAGCGAGGUUUGUUUCGUCAUAAUGUUGAUAUAUUUUUUUGAAUAUGCGUACGUUUUUAUGAGUACAAUGGAAACCCUUCCCAACCAGGGACCAGCAAAACUAACGCUUCAAAAAAUAUGCAAACUAACAUUCAUUUAAUAUGUUAUGACAGGGGGUUAACGGGUAGCGGGGGGGGGGGGGGGGCGUAAGCUAGGUUUGUAUCGUCAUAAUGUUGAUAUAUUUAUUAGAAUAUGCGUACGUUUUUAUGAGUACAAUGGAAACCCUUCCCAACCAGGGACCAGCAACACUAACGCUUCAUGUUUGAAUUGUGUUAUGUUUAUGGGAUACCGCAGUGGUUUUCAACAUAUGGGUCACAAUGCCUUAGUAGGUCGCGUCAGUGGUGUGUUAAAAAUGUUCUAUUUUUUUAUUUAUUUUUAAUAAAGUAUUUUAAAUUAUUUCUUUCUGAAUUGAUUGAUUUUUCCAUGGGGAGGGGAUGGGUUUUAUUUAAUUUCAUUUGAAAGUAUAAAUAGUAUGAACGGUUUUCGGACUAAAUUGUUAUCUUUCCUACACUCUUACUACACUACAGUGAUACACAUUUUUAAAAAAAUAUGAUUCAUUUGGUAGAUUUUAACAUCUCAUUCAGUUUACUUUUUUGCCACUUAUUUAUAUAAUUGUUUUCUGUUCUUUUUCUAUUAAUGUUAUUCUUUGUUUCAUUUUUAUGUGUUUUAACUUCAAAACUGGCAACUUCCACGCUAAACUACAACUAGGUGUGUGAAUUUAUCAAUAUUUUCAUCUUGGAAUAGGUUUUGGGGAGCACCCUAUGCAAAAACAUUAAAGUUGUUAGUCAUUAUUUCCUAAUAAUCCCCACCCCAAUAAAAAUUACAGAAUGAACAAAAAAUCUAUGCCCCUCUUCCCUUCUCUAAACCUGUUUCUCGUUUUCUGCUGUUGUGGGUCACCCCAUCUUUGCAAAUUUUCAGAAUGUGUCGCAGCAACAAAAGGUUUGAAAAACUCUGGGUUAGGAUUAUAUUCUUUAGUUAUUAGUGUUUUAAAACCUUUAGCUUUGAUGCCUUUAUGACUGCUACUGGUUUUAUACGUGUACAUUCACUUUCCCUUCGUGAAUCUAGCACAUUUCGGAAAAAGAAAUAAUUCUUUUUGAAACAAUCGGAUCCGGAAAUCAAGCUUAGAACCUUAUGACUAUUUCCUCAAAAUGCCACGAACCAAAAUGCGUUUAAAAAAAAAAAAAUUAACUUGUACAGAUCUAGUUAUUAUUUGGAUUUUCUAAUGAUUUAAAAAAGCUGUUCAAACAUUGGGUCAUUUGAUUCACUAUUUGCACACGAGAUAAGUCUUCAGUACAUGUUUUUCUGCAAAAUACGUUUUCAGUAUCACAAUUUUCCCCAAUUAUUAACUUUUUUUUUUCCAUUUAUUUAAAUAUUACCUGUAAUGUACUAUUAUACAAAAAAUUAAUUUGACCAGUGAUUUAUUCCAUUUUAAUAUUUUUUGGGGGGAUGGGGUGAGGGGAGGGGGAGGGCCGUUAUAAAUGUUUUAAUCUAUAUAAAUUUGUAAAACGAUUAUCCUGACAAAUUUUAGUUAAUUAAUAGUUUUGUAAACUUUGUAUGUAUGAGCUCGUACUUCUAAAACAAAAAUAAUGCAUUAUUUUAUUAGGAUUAUUACAAAAAAAAAACAAUUAUAAAACUUUUUUCUUUUCUUUUAAAUGUAAUUCUUUGGAAACAAUUUCAACAAAUAAUUUUAAUUACAAACCAUCAUACAUAAACCAAAAAUAUAUUUCUUUUUAAAUGAACACAUAAAAAAAAAGAAGGUGCAUUUUUUGUGCAUCAUAACAAUUAUAUUUCUGUUUACCACUCAUAAAAAUAAAGAAAGAAAAAAAAUAUAUUUAUCAUUGCUAACAAUUUAAUUUUUAAAUUAUUCCAUGUUUCUUCAUAGGUAUAAAAUAGUAUAUAUGUAGCUUAUAUACCUGAUGUGCCGAAAAUAUAUGGAAAUGGUCAAAUCUUGUAUUAAAUGUCACUUUAAAGACAUGGUUAAAUAAAAAUUUUUAAAUGAUGUAAUCUAGUAGUUGCAUUCAUUUAUUGCAAUAAUGUAAAUGCUUUUUUGUAUUGUAAACAGAUGACAACAGUAGCAGCGAUGCAAUCGAUGAAUGCAAGUAGCAAACAAAUAUCAAGAAGUCCCGUCUAUUACCAGACAAACUGUUCAACAUUUCUCUCUAUACAGAAUGUGAUCCCCGGAGAAUAUCUAAUAGUGAUCUGGUUGUAUCAGAACAUCUCGGGGUGUGGGAAUGAUUCCAUAAUUUCAACAAACUAUAC